CUGAGCCAUGCGGACAUGGCGGGGAACCACAAGCUUGGACCAGAAGCUGGAGAUACAGAUGAUCCACCAAGAAUUACUCAAAACCCUGUUAUCAACGGGAAUGUAGCCAUGAGUGAUGGGCACAACAACACAGAGGAAGAUAUGGAGGAUGACACGAGUUGGCGCUCCGAGGCAACCUUUCAGUUCACUGUCGAGCGCUUCAGCAGACUGAGUGAGUCGGUCCUUAGCCCUCCGUGUUUUGUGCGAAAUCUGCCGUGGAAGAUUAUGGUGAUGCCACGCUUUUAUCCAGACAGACCACACCAAAAAAGCGUAGGAUUCUUUCUCCAGUGCAAUGCUGAAUCUGAUUCCACGUCGUGGUCUUGCCAUGCACAAGCUGUGCUGAAGAUAAUAAAUUACAGAGACGACGAGAAGUCCUUCAGUCGACGCAUCAGCCACUUGUUCUUCCACAAAGAGAAUGACUGGGGCUUCUCCAAUUUCAUGGCCUGGAGCGAAGUGACUGAUCCUGAGAAAGGAUUUAUAGAUGAUGACAAAGUUACUUUUGAAGUCUUUGUACAGGCGGAUGCUCCCCAUGGAGUUGCGUGGGAUUCAAAGAAGCACACGGGCUAUGUCGGUUUAAAGAAUCAGGGAGCGACUUGUUACAUGAACAGCCUGCUGCAGACUUUAUUUUUCACAAAUCAACUACGAAAGGCUGUGUACAUGAUGCCAACAGAGGGUGAUGAUUCAUCCAAAAGCGUCCCCUUAGCAUUACAAAGAGUGUUCUACGAAUUACAGCACAGCGAUAAGCCUGUAGGAACAAAAAAGCUAACGAAGUCCUUCGGGUGGGAAACUUUAGAUAGCUUCAUGCAGCACGACGUUCAGGAGCUGUGUCGAGUGCUGCUUGAUAAUGUGGAAAACAAGAUGAAGGGCACGUGUGUGGAAGGCACCAUACCUAAAUUGUUCAGAGGCAAAAUGGUGUCCUAUAUCCAGUGUAAAGAAGUAGACUAUCGAUCCGAUAGGAGAGAAGAUUAUUAUGAUAUCCAGCUAAGUAUAAAAGGAAAGAAAAACAGUAAGUUCCCCGCUGUUGUUGCCCUUGUUCCAGGGACAAAGUAGGGCCCAACUAAACUUGGUUUCUUUUCCAAUGUUCAGGAAGCAGAGAAAGGUGUGAAGUUCCUAACUUUGCCACCAGUGUUACAUCUGCAGCUGAUGAGAUUUAUGUAUGACCCUCAGACGGACCAAAAUAUCAAGAUCAAUGAUAGGUUUGAAUUCCCAGAACAGUUACCACUCGAUGAAUUUUUGCAAAAAACAGAUCCUAAGGACCCUGCAAAUUAUAUUCUUCACGCAGUCCUGGUUCACAGUGGAGAUAAUCAUGGUGGACAUUACGUGGUUUAUCUAAACCCCAAAGGGGAUGGCAAAUGGUGUAAGUUCGACGACGACGUGGUGUCCAGGUGUACGAAAGAGGAGGCCAUCGAGCACAAUUACGGGGGUCACGACGACGACCUGUCGGUGCGGCACUGCACGAACGCGUACAUGUUGGUUUACAUCAGGGAAUCAAAGCUGAGUGAGGUUUUACAAGCUGUCACCGACCACGAUAUCCCUCAGCAGUUGGUGGAACGACUGCAGGAGGAGAAGAGGAUCGAGGCUCAGAAGCGGAAGGAACGGCAGGAAGCCCAUCUCUACAUGCAAGUGCAGAUAGUUGCAGAGGACCAGUUUUGUGGCCACCAAGGCAAUGAUAUGUACGAUGAAGAAAAAGUGAAAUAUACUGUGUUCAAAGUGUUGAAAAACUCCUCACUGGCUGAAUUUGUCCAGAACCUCUCUCAGACCAUGGGGUUUCCACAAGAUCAAAUCCGAUUAUGGCCCAUGCAGGCAAGGAGCAAUGGAACCAAACGGCCAGCGAUGUUGGAUAACGAGGCAGACGGCAACAAGACGAUGAUUGAGCUCAGUGACAAUGAAAACCCUUGGACGAUAUUCCUGGAAACCGUUGAUCCGGAGUUGGCCGCCAGCGGAGCCACGUUACCCAAGUUUGACAAAGAUCAUGAUGUCAUGCUAUUUUUGAAGAUGUAUGACCCCAAAACGCGGAGCUUGAAUUACUGUGGGCACAUCUACACACCAAUAUCCUGUAAAAUCCGUGAUUUGCUCCCGGUUAUGUGCGACAGAGCGGGAUUUACCCAGGACACUAGCCUUAUCCUCUAUGAGGAAGUUAAACCGAAUUUAACAGAGAGAAUUCAGGACUAUGACGUGUCUCUUGAUAAAGCCCUCGAUGAACUAAUGGAUGGUGACAUUAUAGUGUUCCAGAAGGAUGACCCUGAAAAUGAUAACAGUGAAUUACCCACUGCAAAAGAAUAUUUCAGAGACCUCUACCACCGUGUUGAUGUCAUUUUCUGUGAUAAAACAAUCCCUAAUGAUCCUGGAUUUGUGGUUACAUUAUCAAAUCGAAUGAAUUAUUUUCAGGUUGCAAAGACAGUGGCACAGAGGCUCAACACCGACCCCAUGCUGCUCCAGUUUUUCAAGUCUCAAGGUUAUAGGGACGGACCAGGUAAUCCUCUUAGACAUAAUUAUGAAGGGACUUUAAGAGAUCUCCUACAGUUCUUCAAGCCUAGACAACCUAAGAAACUUUACUAUCAGCAGCUGAAGAUGAAAAUCACAGACUUCGAAAACAGACGAAGUUUUAAGUGUAUAUGGUUAAACAGCCAAUUUAGGGAAGAGGAAAUAACACUAUAUCCCGACAAGCACGGGUGUGUCCGGGACCUGCUGGAAGAAUGUAAAAAGGCUGUCGAGCUCGGGGAGAAAGCGUCAGGGAAACUUAGGCAAGAAAUCCCUCUGGACCAGGUGGACAUAGACAAGGAGAGCGAGAUGCUCGUCACCGUGGCGCACUUCCACAAGGAGGUGUUCGGGACGUUCGGGAUUCCGUUUCUGCUGAGGAUCCACCAGGGCGAGCAUUUCAGAGAAGUCAUGAAGCGGAUUCAGAGUCUGCUGGACAUCCAGGAAAAGGAGUUUGAAAAGUUCAAAUUUGCCAUUGUGAUGAUGGGCCGACAUCAGUACAUCAACGAGGAUGAGUAUGAAGUGAACCUGAAAGACUUUGAGCCCCAGCCUGGUAACAUGUCUCACCCUCGGCCUUGGCUAGGGCUUGACCACUUCAACAAAGCCCCAAAGAGGAGUCGCUACACCUACCUGGAAAAGGCCAUUAAAAUCCAUAACUGACUUCCUCACCCAGUGCGUGCGAGGCGAGGGGCCGUGCGUGGGUGUGUGCCCCUUUUUAACAGCCUAGAACUUUGGUACACGUGCACCAUCUGAAGUCUUCAGCAAGAGGAUUUGCUGCUGAUGUUAAUUUUAUUUUGUUGAGGCUGUUCCGUUUGGCUUCUCUGUAUCUAUUGACUGCCCUUUUUGAGCAAAAUGAAGGUGUUUUUAUAAAGCUUGGAUGCCAAUGAGAGUUAUUUUAUGGUAACCACAGCGCAAGGCAACCGUCAGCGUAACGGGGGAGAAGAGGUGAGGGCCACGCGGCUCCGGCUCGAGGCCUCUGGGCUGUGUCCAGUCGGCAGAGGCCUGCCCGGCUGCCUUCCUGGGGUCGCGGGCGCCAGCCCCGCAGCUGGUCUUACGUUGAGGCUCGUCUGACGUUUUCCCCUCAGUUCUACUUUCCAACCUUUUGUGUGCAUCUGUAAAGCAAAACCGAGAAACUCACAACCUAAUAA